UAUAUCACAAGGCUACAGGUGCCUUAUUUCCACCGGGCGCCGGUGCUGGGAGCGCCUGCCUUCUCUUGCCUUGAAAGCCUCCUCUUUGGACCUAGUCAGCGCUAUCCUCACGGUGAUGUUGGACUCGGUGACACACAGCACCUUCCUGCCCAACACGUCCUUCUGCGACCCCCUGAUGUCGUGGACUGAUCUGUUCAACAGUGAAGAGUAUUAUCCUGCCUUCGAACAUCAGACAGCCUGCGACUCCUACUGGACGUCCGUCCACCCCGAGUACUGGACUAAGCGCCACGUGUGGGAAUGGCUGCAGUUCUGCUGCGACCAGUACAAGCUGGACGCCAACUGCAUCUCCUUCUGCCACUUCAACGUCAGCGGCCUGCAGCUGUGCAGCAUGACGCAGGAGGAGUUCGUGGAGGCGGCCGGGCUCUGCGGGGAGUACCUGUACUUCAUCCUGCAGAACAUCCGCUCACAAGGUCACUCCUUCUUUAACGAUGCUGACGAGACCAAGGCCACCAUCAAAGACUAUACUGACUCCAGUUGCUUGAAAACGAGUGGUAUCAAAAGUCAAGACUGUCACAGCCAUAGUCGAACAAGCCUCCAAAGUUCUCAUCUGUGGGAAUUCGUGCGUGACCUGCUUCUGUCUCCUGAAGAAAACUGCGGUAUUCUGGAAUGGGAAGAUAGAGAACAGGGUAUUUUUCGGGUGGUUAAAUCAGAAGCCCUGGCAAAGAUGUGGGGACAAAGGAAGAAAAAUGACAGAAUGACAUAUGAAAAGUUGAGCAGAGCUCUGAGGUACUACUAUAAAACAGGAAUUCUGGAGCGAGUCGACCGAAGGUUAGUGUACAAAUUUGGAAAAAAUGCACACGGGUGGCAGGAAGACAAGCUAUGAUCUGCUCCAUCAUCUGGCUCCUGUUAUGGAUUUCUUAAAACAAUCAGAUUGCAAUAGACAUUUGAAAGUCUUGGUUUUUGUUUGUUUUUUUAAACCUGCAAAUGUGCUGAUAAAAUUUCUCCACAUCUCAGCUUACAUUUGGAUUCAGAGUUGGUGUUGUCUACCUGGGGGUGAUGGCAGCAACCCUUAAGAAAUUCUGUGUUUUUUUUCCCCCGAGGGGAGGAGGGGUGACCUUUUCUGGUACCUUGAGCAAACAUUGCUUCCCCAUUUGAGAGGUGCAGAGCCACAGCCGCCAGUGCCACGAGUGCACCUCAGAGAAAAUGAUCCAGUUCUGCCUUUAGGCUCACCCACCGCUCCCAUCCCCAAAGCUCAGAAGUUCCCACACAUUUAACUGCAGCAACUCACAAAGGAAAAAAGUGAUUCGUUUGUACUUCAUGUAACAGGAGGGGGUGAGACAUGGGUAAGACAAACAUACUGUAGAUUUUAAAUCGUUAAAGUCAAGUUCCACAGAAAAGCUUCUAAACUAGUGAAAGAGCUCAGCCAUCAAACUGGUACAUCACUGGGUUCAGCAUAGGUUAACAGGAAGUUUCUUAACCAGAACAUCUUUGUGGCCACUCAGCAAAACUCCCAUGGCCAUCCUUCCCAAAUAACACACUAAGAUUAGGCACAGUCUUUAUUCUUGCCGAGUGUAUUCCCCUCUUCUCCUGGCGGUGGGGGGCAUCAGACAGGCAAAGACACUUACAUCAACUUCCAAAUCACCGCUGUUUCUACGACUCAGCUGUCAACACGAUGAAAUCGUAAUUCAUUGAUUCUGACCGUGGCCAAGCCAUUAAACCUUUAUAGAACCGGAAAUGUCCUGACCACUCAGUAAUGGCCAAUUAAAGUAUGAGUCUCUUGUGUUUUGUCCCCCUACCUGAUAUGUAAUCCAGCUCUAGAACACACAUUUUCUUGACAAAAAAUAGUGAUGGUGAAUUUAUACCACUGAAUGUUCCCGGGUUAAAGUCCGCAUUGCCAUUCUCACGGGUCACUGGUAGGUAAGCCACUUCUAUUUCACCACCAGAGCGGGAAGCUUCACGUGGCGAGGACUGCACCAUACACACUACCCACUGAGGACCCCCAUGCUUGAAGAGUUUAACUUCAAAAGUAACUUGUUUUAGCCAGGCUGGAGUAGCUCAAUCGGUUGAGCGUUGCCAGUUUGAUUUUCAGUCAGGGCACAUACCUGGGUUGUGGGUCGGAUCCCAGUUGGGGCAUGUACAGG